AUGACCACGCCAGUCAAGCGUUCAUAUCAUGGAUGUGUUCGAUGCAAACGUCGUCGUCAAAAAUGCGAUGAGCAGAAACCGAAUUGCGGGCGAUGUUUGAAUGCCAAAAUCUCAUGCGAGUAUAAAAUUACCUUGAAAUGGAACGGUCGCGUUCCCAGGCAGAGCAAGUCAUCUUCUCAAACAGGAAGAGAUGAAUUCACAUUCGACUUGCAGAGCCGCGUUGGAAAAUCUUCUCAGUAUGAGUCCAUACUACUACCCAAGCAGAGUUGGGGACACAAGAACUCUACUCCAUCUUUCAACCUACAACUUGAACAACCUUCCCCGGCAUUGACUAAAACAAGUCGACAACUCCUCCAUCACUUCAUCACCGAAACAUCAAAGAUAUCAAGUUCCGCCCAUAUUCGGGAUCAAAUAUGUCAGACCAUUCUCCCCAUGACUCACCAAUCGGACUCGUUGCUCUAUGCUACGAUGGCAUUCGCGGCUCUCCAUCGCUAUACCCUGCUGAAUGAGCUUCCGGCUCAAUUUAUGCCUGAAGACCUCGUUGCAAAUUUGAUUGCUUCAAGCAUGCGAAGUCUACGUCGAGAUCUUGAAACGCCUGGCUAUCCAGUCCAACCUCUCCUCCAUACAAUCCGGACAUUAUGCCAUUGUGAAAUAUUUUCCGGUCGCGCAAAUUCCUCCUGGCGAGUCCAUGUCAACGGUGCAGGGGCUAUGUUUAAUGAAAUUGCAUCGAGGAUAAACUUCAACGAGUCGGAAUACAGUUUCUGGCUCUGGUCUCGAUGGUUCUGGUCAAUACAGGCUUUGACUGCGACCACCGAGGUUGGGAAAUUGUCGGAGCUGGCCUCUGCGAAUUCCGUCAUCCGAGAAGACGAUCAAAGCUACUUCUUCGAUACGUAUACCGGGUACUCCUCAGAUCUCAAUAUAGUACUUAUGGAGAUUGGCCUUUUGAUGCAUCGGGAAGAGGCUGCUGAUCUCGAUACUGAAUCAAGGAAAUCUGUUAAUGGUGUGGAGGAGAAGUCGGAUCAUCUCGAAACCUCGAUCAAGUACAUGAUUCGCCGCGAUGCAGACUUUGGCCUCAAGUUUCCUGGCGAUGUGUUGCACGAUCCUGAUAUGACUGUUCAAUUUCAAGCUUGCAAUACUGCCUAUCAAUACGCAAGUCUCAUACAUCUUUACCGACGGGUAAAAUCUCUUCCUUCGUUCAGUUCUGAAGUUCAGGGCUGUGUAAGAGCAAUUUUGGAUGCUGUGUCUGCGAUCACUCCGGUUACAACGCUUUCACCUUGGAUUCUUCUUACCACCCCUAUAUUUACUGCCGGGUAA